AUGCCUUCCUCAUCGGUCAUUUUCAGCUUGAUCCUUGGCCUCGCCAUCCUGUACGCUGUCGGGGCCUUGGGUCGAUCGAGAAAUGCUAGUCGCGCACCGCUGCCGCCGGGCCCAAAGGGCCUCCCCCUUGUUGGGAACUUGAAUGAUUUGCCUAAACCAGGCAUGCUCGAGGCCCAUCACUGGCUCAAGCACAAAGAUCUAUACGGCCCAAUUAGCUCUGUGAAGGCGAUGGGACAAACCAUCGUUAUCAUUAAUGAUGCUCGACUUGCAUUUGAGCUCCUAGAGAAACGGUCAGCGGUUCAUUCAUCGCGACCCAAACAGGUCUUUGCCGGUGAAAUGUUGGGGUGGGAAAACACUCUUGGGCUCUCCCCUUACAACAAUCGUUUCCGUACCUACCGCAAGAACAUGGCCCGCAUCAUCGGAUCCAAACAGUCAGCCUCGCAAUUCAAUGCAUUGCAAGAGGCUGAGGUCGGCCACUUUUUGCUGCAUGUCCUCGAGAAGCCGGAGGCUUUGCUUGACCAUAUCAGAAGAGAGGCGGGUGCGGUGAUCUUGAAGAUUGCCUACGGUUAUACGGCCGAGUCACACACGAAUGACCCCCUUAUCAAUAUGGCCGGUGAUGCCAUGGAUAAGUUUGCACGGGCUGCAGUGCCUGGAGCCUUCUUGGUUGACCUCCUGCCCUUCUUGAAGGAACUCCCGGAUUGGCUUCCCGGCACCGGAUUCAAGCAAACGGCACGGGAAUGGAGUGCUGCUCUCACCGAAGUAACGGAAAAGCCUUACGCUUUUGUCAAGCACCAGAUUGCUCAGGGCAAGAGUGAAAUCUCCUUCCUAUCUCAGCUGCUGGAGCAGGGUGACUCGGAUUCGGAAGAGAAGUUUACAAACAAGUGGUCGGCUGCGUCUUUGUACACGGCAGGUGCAGAUACUACGGUCUCGUCAAUUGCGUGCUUCUUCUUGGCCAUGACAGUCUUCCCAGACGCCCAGCGGAAGGCUCAAGAAGAGAUCGAUCGAGUGAUAGGGCCAAACAGGCUCCCUACUGCCCAUGAUCGAGAGAAUCUACCAUAUCUAGAUGCCACUGUGAAAGAAGUCCUUCGUUGGCACCCCGUCGCGCCAAUGAGUCUUCCGCAUACGAGCACAGAGGAUGACCUCUGUGAAGGUUAUUUCAUCCCCAAAGAGGCCAUGCUUUUCGCGAACGUCUGGCACUUCACACAUGACCCUAAUGUUUACCAUGACCCUAUGACUUUCAAGCCCGAGCGAUUCCUGGCGACAAACGGCCAUGAUCCUGAGCCAGACCCGCACAUGUAUGUGUUUGGCUUUGGACGACGAAUAUGCCCAGGGCGCAUCUUGGCCGAUAAUGCCCUCUAUCUCAACAUUGCACAGUCUCUGGCCGUGCUCAACAUUAGCAAGGCCAUUGAGAACGGAAAGGAAGUGAUGCCUAUCAUAAAAUUUGAGCCCGGGGUGGUCAGCCACCCGGCUCCCUACAAGAACAAAAUCACGCCACGAUCAGCCCACCAUGAAGACCUCAUCCGAUCGAUUGAGAAGACCUAUCCGUGGCAAGAAAGCGAUGGUAGCAUCUUGGAGAGCAUGAGCUGCUAG